AUGGGUGUCUGCCUUGUCCAAGCUGUCCAAACCCACGGUAGAGACCCGACCCGCACUCCAGCUCCAACGGCUCAACUUCUCAAUUCCCUAAGCCACCCUACCGGAGCUGUGGAUAUGGGCUUCGACAAAAUUCUCCCUCAAUUUCCCUUGCCGAAUGGCAAGGGUUAUUGCCGAGGCCGGAUCUUGUUCUCCGAGAACUCAAGUUGCGACAUGCAAUUUUAUACCUUCGGCACCCUCAUGCCUAAGCACACCGCCUUGCGACAUACAAGCUUUGUGUUGCCUUCGGCACCCCCGUGCCUAGCCAUAUCGUCUUGCGACAUGCAAGUUUUGUGUCACCUUCGGCACCCUCGUGCCUACGCCUUGCGACAUGCAAUUCUUAUGCCUUCGGUACCCUCGUGCCCAGCCACAUCACCCUACGACAUGCAACUUUAUGUCUUCGGCACCCUCGUGCCAAGUUCUCUCCCUUCCAAAUGUCCUUCUUACCCGGGGACUUGGGGAACUAUGGGCAAUGCACUAUACAACUUGGAAGAUGAACUAUGGUGUUGCUCGACUAGUGCAUUAUACAGCUUGGAAGAGGAACUAUGGUGUUGCUCGACCAGUGCACUUAAAAUCACAAGUCUCCAAUCAAGAAGUACCUUCUUACUCGCGAACUUAGAGAACUACUGUUGA